UGAUCAAAGUUCAGAAAAUUAUCUCUCUCCAAAACACAUGUCCCAUAUAAAACAGUCAACUUCUCCUUAAAGAGUCAUUGUCGUCCGGCUCUGAGCAACUGACUUUUCUGAUCCUCUUCUCUCAUCAUUGCUCCUGAGCAUCUGAAAUAUAACCGAAAAUAAAUAAAUAAAUUAAUUAAUUUAAAUACAUAAAUACAUCAAUAAAUAAUAAUAAUAAAAUAACAGAUUAACAAUAUUAUCUGGUAAGUGUUCAGUAUUUCUACACAAUUUUCUACUCAUCUGAGGGAUUUGACCGACUCAAGAUGCUGCUGAUCAUCGAAGCUCUUCUUAUUAUUUCAGCUGCUCUAGGACAGGACCACAGAGAUGCUAUAGAAGGAAUGAUAUAUCCAUUGGAUAUGGCACUGGAUUCUGUUGAUGAUCAAUAUAUGAGCUGUUCAGAGAAAAUGCUACGUCUGGUGCAGACAGUGUAUCUGCGAAAAGAAUUGUUUAACCCUCAAUCUACAUUUGCAAUAGCUUGGAAAGAUGCUGUUCAACAUGCCAAACAACCAGAAGAUAACUUGACAAAGAAUCAUUCUAUUGCGAUUUAUGUGUACACUGAUAAUAGAGUAUAUAACAACUUCAACAAGGAUGUUAGUGCUGGUAAACAAACAUACAAAGGCAAAACAUUCAAAUGGUAUUCACUUCACUUUCUGUUAACAGAAGCAAUACAGACUCUAAAGAAAACACAAAAAGAAUGCAAGCCAACGUAUCGUGGUGCAAAUGUUGAAUUUGACAAGGAUGUUAAGGGCAAAAGUGUUCGUUUUGGCUCAUUCGCUUCAUCCUCUCUUGAUCGUAACACAGCACAAGGAUUUGGAUCUAAGUCUUGUUUUGAAAUCUACACUUGUAAAGGUGUUGAUUUGGCUAAAUAUUCUAGGUAUCCUAAUGAGAGAGAAGUGCUGAUUCCUCCAUAUGAGACGUUUAAAGUCACUGAUGUCAAGACAAAAGGACAGGAAGGUGCCUGGUGUGACACUGUGUAUACAUUGAAAAGCUCAGGAAAAAGAAGUGACCUGAACUGUGUAUUGCUUAACAGUGGAAACCAUGUUGCUGGUUUUAAUGUUUUACUAAUUAUAGCAUUAUUUUUCAAAAUGUUUAUCUGCUAAUCAGUUAACAUUUAGACAUGGCAUGUUUCUCAUUGUUGUAACUGAACCAUGUUUAGUAAACAAGUAUUGCAAUGUAAGCAAACUUGUCUUAUCGGGACAUCAAUACAAUAUCAUUCAACAUUUUGUUUAAUUGGAUUUGUUAUUGAGUGUUUAUUUUUUGCUAAGCAUAUAUGGUUGUCAAUAUAAUUCACCAUUUGCUCUCAACUUUAUUCAUUCCCAGUAAAAUUGUAAAAUGGCAGUAAAAUCUUUUGUGUUGCAUUAACUGAAAUUGCGCAGUGGAUUUCUAGUUCCCUGCAUGUUUUGCAUUAUGCUUAUGUUGCUUUGGUUCUGUGUUCUGUCUUGUCUUGCCCUAGUUAGUCUCUAGUUAGUCCUGUUCUCCUUGAUUGCUUUUCUUGUGUAUUUAAGCUCUGCGUGUCUUUAGUUAGCUAGACUUCGGUGUUCUGAUGUCAUAUAUUGGUCAAAAUGUGUAAAUCAUUUACUGAAAUAGACUAUAGUUUUUUUUUUUUUUUUUUUUUUUUUUUUUUUUAAGACUGUAGUCAUUAUUAAUUCCUUGCUGCAACUUCAAACUGGUUCACAUUUCAUUGAGAAUAACACAUACGUUUGGUUUUCACGCUACCAAAACCACCUGCAGGUGUCCUGUCUUUUAAGCAUGCAGUAAUGAUGACUGACAACUUGAAUUAAAACAAAUCUUACAGCAUGUAACGGCCACCUAAUGGUUAAGGUUAUUUAUGUUAAGGUCCCUUUAAAUAUAUUUUGCUGGAAGUUUGAUCGCUGUUUUGUGAACGCGCACGAAGAAAGAGUCCAGAGUGAGGAGAUAGAUGGUCGCUCUGCAGCUGACAGUGCUCUAACUUUCUUUCUUUUUGUUUAUCACGUUACCAGAGUGUUUUAUUUACUGUUUUGUACUCGCUCUCUCGCGGGUGUU